AUGGGGGAUAUGAGAAGCUUACUGAAGAUGUCAAUGGUGGUUCUAUUUCUUGGAUGGAUGUUUAUUUGGAUUAUGAUUUCAACUAACCUUUUCAAAAACACAUGGACCCCUAAACUCGCCAAGUAUCUCAAUACUACUUAUUUUGGUCCUCAAGGCAUAAAUCUAGUGCUUCUUACCGUUCCAAUGAUGUUCAUUGCGGUCCUUAGUUGUGUUUAUUUGCAUAUCAAGAAACCCACCCAAACUCAAAGAGAAGGGAAACUAAAAGGGAGAAUGGGGAGGGUGAUGAUGGUGAUGAACCCAUUAGGGAUAGUGACGGCCACAGAGUUGACUUUUUCUAUAUUGUUUGUUGCUCUUUUGACUUGGGCUCUCUCCAAUUAUCUCUACCUUAGCUAUCACGUCAGUCUUCAUAACCAUGACAACGCCAAAAUAUGGCAAGCAAAGUUUAGGGCUUUCGGGCUGAGAAUAGGAUACGUGGGACACAUCUGUUGGGCGUUUUUGUUCUUCCCCGUAACAAGAGCUUCUACGAUUCUGCCACUUGUUGGGUUGACGUCAGAGUCAAGCAUCAAAUAUCACAUUUGGCUCGGACAUAUCUCAAACUUUCUCUUCCUCGUUCACACCGUUGUUUUCCUUAUCUACUGGGCCAUGGUCAAUAAGCUGAUGGAGACGUUUGCAUGGAAUCCAACAUAUGUGCCUAAUCUAGCCGGAACAAUAGCCAUGGUGAUUGGCAUAGCGAUGUGGGUGACGAGUUUACCAUACUUUAGACGAAAGAAGUUUGAGAUUUUCUUCUACACUCACCAUCUCUACGGUCUAUACAUAGUCUUCUACGUGCUCCAUGUUGGAGACUCUUGGUUCUGCAUGAUCUUGCCAAAUAUCUUCCUCUUCUUCAUCGACCGCUACUUGAGAUUCUUACAAUCCACCAAGAGAUCGAGACUUGUUUCCUCUAGGAUCUUACCUUCAGGCAACCUCGAACUCACUUUCGCCAAAACCCAAGGGCUACAAUAUACACCAACGAGCAUAUUGUUUCUACAUGUGCCAAGCAUUUCCAAGCUUCAAUGGCAUCCAUUCACAAUAACUUCAAGCAGUAACUUGGAGAAAGAUACACUAAGUGUUGUCAUCAGAAGACAGGGAAGUUGGACGCAAAAGCUUUAUACACAUAUCUCUUCUACCCUCGAUUCUCUCGAGGUUUCUACUGAAGGUCCUUAUGGCCCUAACUCCUUCGAUUUGUCGAGGCAUGACUCUCUAAUACUAGUGAGCGGAGGCAGUGGAAUUACUCCCUUCAUUUCGGUUAUUAGAGAACUCAUCUUUCAGAGCCAAAACAAGAGCACAAAUCUACCAGAUGUUCUUCUUGUUUGUGCCUUUAAACAUUACCAUGAUCUUGCGUUUUUAGACCUAAUCUUCCCAUCAGAUAUAUCAGUCUCAGACAUUUCUAAGCUAAAUCUCCGGGUCGAGGCCUAUGUUACAAAAGAAGACAAGAAACCAGAGACCACAGAUGAUCACAGUCUUGUGCAGACAAAAUGGUUCAAACCGCAGCCACUAGACUCUCCAAUCUCACCUGUUCUUGGACCCAACAACUUCAUGUGGCUCGGAAUCGUGAUCUUAUCAUCAUUCGUCAUGUUUCUCUUGCUCAUAGCCAUUGUCACACGUUAUUAUAUAUACCCUGUUGAUCGUAACACAGGAAAAAUCUACAAUUUCUCGUAUAGAGCGCUUUGGGACAUGUUCCUAGGAUGUGUCUGCAUUUUCAUCUGUUCAAGCGUAGUUUUCUUGUGGCGCAAGAAACUGAACAAAGAAGGAGAUAAAGAGUCCAAGAAACAGGUACAGAGCGUAAAUUUUCAGACUCCCACGUCUUCUCCAGGUUCAUGGUUCCACCACGGCCGAGAGAGAGAGCUCGAGAGCGUUCCUUAUCAAUCUAUAGUACAAGCCACUUCAGUCCACUUCGGCUCCAAACCUAAUCUGAAAAAGAUUUUGUUUGAGGCAGAAGGUUCGGAAGACGUUGGGGUGAUGGUGUGCGGUCCAAGAAAGAUGAGGCAUGAAGUGGCAAGAAUAUGUUCAUCUGGUUUGGCUAAGAAUCUUCACUUUGAGGCAAUUAGUUUCAACUGGUGA